AUGAGGACGCUGCUUACCCCGCCUUUUCUUGGACACAAUGCACGCGCAUUCCACUCUUUCGGUGUCCCACGACGCGCAUCCACCCUCUCUGGCUUCUUGGGCGGCGUUCUCAAAGCAACACACCGCAGUGGAAUCAACUCUAGCAGCAGCCAGGCUCGAAUCAGAAUAUCACUCGGUCGGAUAGGUGGCGGUGGCGGCGACAGGGGAUCCGGAGGGCCCAGGUUCCCUGGAUUGAACUCGAUACCAAGCAAUUACAUCUUCUAUGGGAUCAUGGCACUGAACGGCGCGGUAUUUGUGGGAUGGCAGAUGGCCACGGCGGAGUGGAAAAGUCUGGGUGACAGUAGCUCUUAUAUUCGGAUGAGGAAGAACUUCACAAGUUCAAUUUACAACCUCCAACAAGGAAGAUGGUAUACGCUUAUUACCAGCAGCUUUUCCCAUGAAAACUUUGGGCAUAUAUUCUUCAAUGGCUUCACCUACUUCUUUUUUGCGCCUGCAGCCCUUAAGAUGCUGGGGAACGCCAGCUUCCUGGCUCUCUACCUGGGAGGUGGUGUGGUGUGCUCUCUGACAAGUGUCCUUUGGAACCAGAUUCUGUCGCCCAGCCAUAUUCAAUGGUCUCAUGGUGCUAGCGGUGCCAUAUACUCGAUCAUCUCUCUAUCAGCAUGUGUGUCUCCCCGGACAACAUUCUUGAUUUACGGAAUCGUUCCGUUACCUGCAUGGGUCUUCUUAGCGGGUAUAUUCGCUUGGGACGGUUACAGUGCCAUAACACACAGGCAAUCGUCGACCGAUUCUGCCGGUCACAUUGGGGGACUCCUUACUGGAGUAGUCUACUUCCUUGCGAAACGCCGUAGAUUCUUCUGA